UUAUGAGUUCCUCCUCAACAUCUUCCCCAAAUUCUUCGGCAGCCCCAACAUCUUCAUCCUCUUUUGUUAUUAACGGUUCUUCAACUUCACUUCAUAAUCUUCAUUUAAAUAAUAUUGGACAACAACAAUUAAUAGAUCCAAAUCGUUAUAAUAGUUUAGAGUAUUUUGAAUUAUCCGGAAAAUUAGGUAAAGGGCAAUUUUCGGAGGUUUUGAAAGCAAAAAAUAAAAUGACUGGAAGAAUGGUUGCAAUUAAGAAAAUUGAGCUUGAUUUAAUGAAAAAUAAAAAAGCUAGAGAAGAUUGUCGAAAAGAAAUUGAUUUACUUAAACAAUUACAACACGAAAAUAUAAUUAGAUAUUUUUGUUCAUUUAUAGUUGCUGACCAAUCAAAAGAAUAUUUAAUGAUUGUUUUGGAAUUAGCUGAAGCUGGAGAUUUAAGCCGUCUUUUACGUACUUUUAAAAAGAAUUUUCGUUUACUUCCAGAACGUAGUAUUUGGAAGUAUUUUGUACAAAUAAGUAGAGCAAUUGCUUAUAUGCAUAGCCGUUCAAUAAUGCAUAGAGAUAUUAAACCAGCAAAUGUUUUUAUUAGUUCUGGUGGAAUUGUUAAACUUGGAGAUUUAGGUCUUGGAAGAUUUUUGUCAAUGGAAACAAUGAAUUUAAGUACAUUUAAAAAAGGAAUGGUUUUUUCUAUUGUUGGAACUCCUUAUUAUAUGUCUCCAGAAAGAAUGAAUGAAAGUGGUUAUAGUUUUAAAUCAGAUAUUUGGUCUGUUGGUUGUGUUUUAUAUGAGAUGGCAGCUUUACAAUCACCUUUUUUUGGUGAAAAGCAAAAUUUACUGGCAUUAGUUCGUAAAAUAAGUAAAUGUGAAUAUCCCCCAAUACCUUCAAAUAUUUAUUCCCAACAUCUUAAAUUAACUGUAUCUAACUGUAUCUGUGCAAAUCCAGCACGCAGAUUUGAUGCUAGAGACGUUCUUACUGUUGCUGAACACAUGCAUAGCCACUUCUCUUCAAUUUCUAAAUCACAACAAAAAAUUCAUUCAGCCCCACAAUUAAUUACAAACACAACAACUAUUCGCCAACCACAACCUGUUAGACGAAUUCAAGUUACAAGUAAUCGAAGUCCUACAACAUUGCCACAAUUGGGAGGAAGACAAAAUACACAACUUUAA